GGAAAACUGGGUAAAUCUUCGAUCAUCAUGGGAUUCGUUGUUCGGAGGGGUAAAUCAGUGGGAUCAAAUAACCUAACCUGGCAAGUGCCAAAAACGAGAGAAGAAGAAAGAAAUUAGUCAUUAUUCCUACAUUGACAUUGCUAACUUCAAGUAUGUCUGAUUUUUGUUUAUAGGUUGCGUGCAAGAACUGUCAGAUGACCAACCCUGGAGGCAAAACAUAUUUCUUUACAAUAAAAUCAAAGAAUAGUAGGUUAGUAAAAUGCGGUAAAAUGGCUAUCAAUGAAUAUACAGACUAUUGUAGACUUUGUCAAAGUAACAUUGGAACCAUUCCUAUCAAUAAUGAGGAUAAUGAGCUUCUCAAGAAAAUAACAAAUAUCACAAAAAUUGAGAUGAGUAACAACACCAAGAUGCCACCAAAUAUCUGCACUUCCUGUCAACAGAAAGUUGUAGAUAUUCAACAUUUCAUAGAUAUGGUUAAAAAAAUAGAUGAGCACCUUCAAUAUUUAGGUAGAUUAGAAAACAGCAAAGGGAUAAUUCCAAAUACUGACUGUGCAAAUGAAAAUGAUACUGAAGAAAUUCACAAAUGUGAGGAAUGUCUUUGUACAUUCACAGAGAAAAGGGCUUUAGAAGAUCAUAGUAUGGUUACUCAUUCAGGAAUGGCAGAACUAGGAACACCAAAUGAAUAUACUUGUAGUAUAUGUUCUGAAACAUAUCAGAAUUCCUCUGAUUAUACUAAUCAUAAAAAACUAUUUUGCAAAGCUGUUUCUGAAAUAGUGAGAAUAAAAAAAAUUCAAAAACAUGGAAACAUAACUAUGAGCAUGAUUAAAAAACUGAAGAGAAAACAAAGAGCCAGAAGCAGAAACAAAAAAAAUGUUUCAGAUGAUUUAGUAGAUGAAGAUGUAAGCAACAAUGAUGAAGCAGAAAAUUCAAAUACACAUCAGACCUACCCAUGUAUAGAUGAGGAGUGUACCAAAACAUUUUCCUCUCAGUAUUCACUAAAAAUACACCAAUUAAAUCAUGAAGGAAAUCCUAGGCCUUUUUUAUGUGUUACCUGUGGAAAAGAUUUCACAACUAGAAAUUCUUUGACCUGUCAUGAAAAAACCCACUUGGCCAUUAAAGGCUACAAGUGUGAAUUGUGUGAUGUGGACUUUUCUGUUAGGAGCAAUUUAAGAGCUCACAUUAGGAAAUACCAUGAAGGAAUUAGGUUUCAAUGCUCCCAGUGUACAAAACAGUUUUUUAGUAAAUGCAGUUUAGAAAGGCAUGAGAAGCUACAUACUGGAAUAAAAGAAUACAAAUGUGAACAUUGUAAAGCUGAGUUUUAUACUAAUAAGGAGUUGGCAAAUCAUCAAAAGUACCAUCAGGGAUUGAAACCCCAUAAGUGUCAAGAAUGUUUCAAGUCAUUCUUUGAACGUCAUCAUCUGAUAGUCCAUCUUCGCAGUCAUAGUGGUGAAAGACCUUAUAUGUGUGAUUUUCCUGGUUGUGGAAAGUCCUUUGUGGAAAGCCAGAAAGUGAAAAGGCACUAUAAAGCUAAGCACAUUGGAAAGUGAUUCAGUACACUUUCUAGGUAUGUGAUAAUUUCAACAACUCAUAUGUAGGUAAUAGAAGUAUCCAAUCAACAUUUCCUUAUAUUUAAUUCAUUACUAUUAUCUAAAGUUUCCUUCAAUUGUCUGGGAGGAGUGAUCAUUAAUCAUAAUUAUCAAGACAUUGAUGUUUCAACUUACAAGAAAGGGUUUACAUUUUUACUAUGAGAAAUUAUAUUUUUGGUCUGAGUUGUCUGAGGAUGAAAUACUUGAAUGGACCAAAGAUUUGAUUUUGAAAGUGAUUGCAUUGCUUUGAGUAAACCAUUACCCAGACAUUUAUAUUUUAUUUUUCUAUUGGUGAACAUUGAGUUUAUCCUUGUAUUAUUUUUUUCAAUGUUAUGAAUGAAAAAGUGUGAUAGUGAUGCUCAUCAUUGAAUGAGCAUAUUUUUGUGAUUAUGCUAUAAUUUUUCAAAUUUACAACAAUGCAUAUUAUUUUUUACUCUUUGAUCAUUGUUAAUUGAAAAUACUUCUAUUUAUCAAUAAAUUUUGAAUCAA